UAAGCACUCUGCACAGGAACACAGGGAGAGUGUUUGUCAAGGAGGAAUAACAUUCCUCUGCUUCAGCAGUGGACUGAUGCGGAAAGUCACGACAGCCCCUGUGGUUUAUGCUUGACUGCUAGAGCUCAGACGUGUAAACUGGUAUGCCAGAGUGGAGGCUAGCAGAAGUCCAAUUCUAGCUCAAACAUUCUAUCAUACCAGACAGGUUGAAAAAUAAUUUUGGCUCAGGAUGGUCAGAGGAGUGCAUUUUGGGGGUUUUCAUGUAAGCCUGAUCUUCCUUCUGAUGUUCUCUGUCGAAGGCUUGUUGCUGAAGGAGCAACGCAGGAAUGCAGAGGUGACUCAAGGGCUCAGCAAAGCUAUCUUAGAAAUGCUGCAUAUCAAGAAAGUGUCGGCGAGUCAUCAGGCCAAACCUCAUCCUUACAUGAAUAGGAUCUAUCAACAUCUGGAGUCACUGGAAGCUCAAGACUUUGGAAGAUCAGAUGGAAUCCUGGUGCAGAGUUUCCGAAGUGUUGAUGGGCCCCAUCAUGCUCCACAAGGAUGGAUCUGGUUCAACAUUAGCAACCUGAACCUGUCCAUGCUGAGUGCAGAGUUGGUCCUCUACAGGAAGACCCUCCAUUCAUGCCCUCUCAGUGUCACUGUGACCCUGCACAGCAUCAUUACAUCAUUGCACAAUCUGAAUGAAAUUCCUGCUCUGGAGGAGAGGCAGCUGACGCUGGACCAGCGGCCCUCUUCUGGGUACGAUGUUUUCAAUGUGUCCGCUGUGUUGGCUAUGCAGCAUUUGGAGGUGGUGGGUUUCCAGCUGAGGUAUACAGAUGAGAGUGGGAGUUUGGUCCUCCAUGAGGCGCUGACACAGAGUCUGUACUGUUUGAGCAGAGGCUCUCUGCAGGAACCCUUACUAGUGCUUUACGAAAUACGGCCUCUUCAGUUCUAAUGACGUUACCUUGACCACAGAAAAUUCAAGGAAAAAUAUAUAUAGUUUAUUUCCUCUUGUAUCUGAUGGCAGAAAUUCCUAAAAAGUAUAUUUUGUUUUGAAUGAGUCACUAUGCAUUUUUCUGUCAUUUAAAAUGAAGUUUGGCUUGUCUGACAAACAAGUGAUGAAUAAUUCAAACAGCCAGCUGACAACAUUCAGAUAGAGCAGAAUUUUGAAGUGAAGUUUCUUCAAGGUUGUAAGCAGUUAAUUUUCUUUUUGUAUAAAUCUAGACUAGCUAGUCGUGGAGACUAAAGCUAAAGGCUAAUCUGAGAGGGAUGAAGAUCAAGUCAGUCUUCAGUCUGAAUACAUUAGCGGUUUUGUUAAAGCCAUUUUAGUCAUCUUUAAACCAUUGUCACAGAACCAUUGUUCUCCCUACGUGUAACCUCCUUUGUCUUUGACACUGUAUAAUAAAGCAAAGAUGCUCAUCUUAAGGUAGGAGUCUGUAUUUGCUAUCAUCAGUUGAGCUUUUUUUUUAAUGUCAUUCAUUCAGAGAUCAUAGGGGAUAAAUACGGAGGGGUGGCACUCUGUUCAGAUUUUAAUUUGCAAAAGA